UGCAGUGAUGGCAACAUCGCUGUCUGGGACCUCCACAACCAGACCCUGGUCAGGCAAUUCCAAGGCCACACGGAUGGUGCCAGCUGCAUAGACAUCUCCCACGAUGGGACGAAGCUGUGGACGGGGGGGUUGGACAACACGGUGCGUUCCUGGGACCUGAGGGAAGGGAGGCAGCUCCAGCAGCACGACUUCACCUCCCAGAUCUUCUCGCUGGGGUACUGCCCGACGGGCGAGUGGCUGGCAGUGGGCAUGGAGAGCAGCAACGUGGAGGUUCUGCACCACACCAAACCAGACAAGUACCAGCUGCACCUCCACGAGAGCUGCGUCCUCUCCCUCAAGUUCGCCUACUGUGGGAAAUGGUUUGUGAGUACUGGAAAAGACAACCUGCUCAACGCCUGGAGGACGCCGUAUGGAGCGAGCAUCUUCCAGUCCAAGGAAUCCUCGUCGGUCUUAAGCUGUGACAUUUCAGCAGAUGACAAGUACAUCGUCACGGGCUCGGGGGACAAGAAGGCCACAGUCUACGAGGUCAUCUACUAA